AUGAUAUCCACCAGUGGGCCAGCUGCUGGCGAUCUUUCAUCCUUGUGUCAAUUUCAAGGCUUUGCUUUGCAAAUGUUUCCGGUAGCGGAUGUGCUCUGGACAUUUGCAAUGGCCAUGGAUACCUACUUGGUUGUCUUCCAUCAUUUCGAUACUCAGUCUUUGCGUAAGCUCGAGAUCAAAUAUACGGCAGUCAUAACUACGCUUUCGUUUAUUCCUGCUUUUGUUUUUCUUUUUAUCCGUGGUCAGGAGAAGGGCGCCAUCUAUGGCGACGAAACCAUCUGGUGCUCUGUGUCCCGCAAAUGGAUGCUGCUACGAAUUAUUUUCUACUAUGCGCCUGUAUGGCUCAUCAUAGUCAUUGUCUUAAUGUUAUACAUACUCAUCGGCAUCGAGAUAACAAGAGUCCGCGACGAGUUCAAAUUGACCGACGACGACCAUAUUGUCCUGACAUCCGGGAACUCGGCCAGCAGCGUCACGACAACGGUUGAAACGAAUUCCAAGAGAGGGCCUGCUCCCGACCCUGAAUCUAUAUCACCGCCUCAGCCUCCGUCAGCAUUCAAAAGGUCGCUGGCAGCCUACCAAGCUUCGAAGCAAAGGCGUGUGUCACUAAGGCAAUAUGUUAUUAUGCCGUCACUUUUCUUCCUUGCGAUGCUAACAACUUGGAUCGCACCUACCAUCAACCGUAUCGCAGAAUUCGUCCACCACAAACACGGGACGUUUCCACUGCUGGUCUCUGUGAGCACAUUGGGGUCCUUGAGGGGAUUUUGGAAUGGUGUUAUCUUUGUCACAAUUGGCAUGAAGGGGUGGAAGAGGCGAGCUUCGGAAAGGAGGAUAGCUCUCAGACAGACUAGAGAUGGCCAUAGAUAA